CAGCGCCGUGCCAACCUGCAGGAGCGCUGGCCAAUGGGCCAUCUGACGGCGCGUCAUUUGGAUGCAACGAACUGAAUGCGCAGCGCCACAGGUUUGGGCAGAUCUUUGUGGCUUGGCUGCAUCGGCUCCCUCUCGGAGGUAUACUGCAAAGUAUGCCUUGGACCUCCUAAUCAGGGGGGAUGACCGUUUGUAGCAGGACGAACUCAAAACUAACGUGAACGUUGAUGGAUGCCCUCCGACUAAUCCUUUUACUUAGAUCCCUCUUACCACUUCGUUGUCGAAUCUUUGACGUAAAGCGCACUGGAGGUUCCGUCAAUAGCCCAACACUUACCUUAUCUUCACCCUUUUCUACCUGUCUUGUGAACUACGAAUGGAUUUCACCGAUCUCAGAACUCGGGAAGAAAAACUCGCGACAUGGGUCGAUCCGCCGAACGAUCGACGGCUCAGGGUCUUGACGGGAUCGCUUUCUCCAUUUUCAGAGGAACCCGGGCAUCGAGCGCGCAUCUCAGACCACGAGAUACACUAUGACCAGAUCCAGGAUCAUCUCUUGAACAUUCAGAGCAGCGAUGCAUUCGAAGACGGCACAUGGCAUUUCCGCGUCCUUUCUCUUCCCCGCCUCCGGUCCGGCAAGUUGGUGCUGUCCAUUCCCAAGCAAGCCUUCCAGAAGAUCCAAGAGGCAUGGCACCUCCACCCGCGCACCAUCGAAGUCUUCCUCUCCAACAACGGGGCCUUCGCCACGUUCAACUCUUGCCCCGGCGGACGGACAUCACUUGUUAUGAAAGUGGCCAGUUCACGCGCCACAGGCUUCGACUGCGUCUCCGUGAAUUGCGAUCCCGGCCGUCGGACAACCUAUGUUCUGUACCAGCAUCUCAGCGACGAAGACACCGUCUUCGCCACGCUGCUCUCUACUCCGGAGCUGUGCAUUGACCCUCAUUUCUUCGUCGGGGCCCUGUACCGCUCGCACCAUCAGCACAUUGAGGCCCACCGUCUCACCAUCGACGACACGAUUCUUGGGAUCGAGCGAGCGACCAACAUCGGCACCCCAGGUAGGCUCGCAUCUCCUUGGCUGCGUCGCAGUCUGGACGAGCCUCCCGCUUCCGAGGACCCGAAGCGCGUCAUACAGAGACUUAGUUACUGUCAGACUGAUCUUGCCGUCCUUGGGCACGCCGCGCGAUGUAGCCUGGAAUGCGGACGAUGGCUUGUCCAGUCCAUUGACGAGAAACUACACUAUGAGCAAGGUCUGCAGCAAGUAGGGGAAGGGACCAGCCGCUCCCAGGACCUCGAGCAGCGGGACCAAGCAAUUUCCGACAGCCUACGGGUGGCACAGCUGAUGGUUCGUGACGAGGUUGAAUACAUCCGGAGGCGGACUGCCAUACUGCUGUCGCAGGUGGAGCAAUUGAGACACAGAACUCAAAGCCAGACUGAUUUUAUGCUGAGCACCAUCACACAAAAAGACUCCGAGUAUACGGCCGCCAUAGCAGUCGACGGCAAGCGCGACAGCAUCGCCAUGAGGACCAUCUCCAUUCUCGGCAUCAUCUACCUGCCGCCUACAUUUGUAGCCACCUUGUUCAGCGUUGACAUGUUCGAAUGGGGACACGGAUCCGACUCGGGCAGCGAAGUGUUUGCCCUGCGGGCAUCGCCAAGUGUAUGGAUAUACUUCGCGGUGACGGUGCCCCUGACGCUGGCGACGUUCGUCGUGUGGGUUCUCUGGGCUAAAAAAGAGAACCAAAAGACCAGCCAGCGGUUCAUGGCGUAUCGCACCCAGGCCCCUGAGCAGAGCGCUGCUGCUUCUGAGGCGACAAGCACAACAGGGUUUGUUUCCGGAGAGAAGAUGGUAUAAGGGCAAGAAACACGCCCAUGACUGAACAUGUCUUUGACAUCUUUAUCUAUCGCCAUCGCUCAGUGUAACGGUCUCAGGUAGUAUAUUGCAACUAGCUGAUGACGACUCUACGAGUACACUGAACUUGGAGAAGAAAAGGAGAGACGACAGACUCUGGUAGCUCGCAAGCAUACUUAUCCUCGUAGGCGCGCUGGUCUGGGCGCGUUGCUAGAAGGUUCGGUGUGCUGUGGGGCGAGUGGGAAUAGCCUCAUCAGGGGUCUUGGUAUUGGCCGAGAGUCGCCGAGGCUCGCACCGGGCCCAGCCCGUUACACUCAGCGC